UGCUGCUCGUGGCAACGGCGAAGCAGCCAUAUUGGAAUACAUGGUCGACCAAGGGAAGGGGUUUGGUUUUACCUCCUGUUAUCUGUGCUUGAUCGCAACUUACCACACAGAGAAGUAUUAGAAUGACUGGAACUCUGGCUCAGGCUCGUGUACAGCUUCAAAAUGCUGAAAGUUCUAUCCUUUUUAUGCAGCAAGAACACGCAAAAACAUUACAAGGGCUGUACGCCGAGAUCAAUAAACUUCAGAAGAAAUGCGGAGAACUGACUUUCAAACUGGCAAUGAAUGCGACGAGUUCUAGUGGAGAUGAAGCUCAAGUGAAGCAGUCAUUAGAUGAGUCACAAAAAAUACUGACUGAGUUAAAAACUGAGAACAUUGAACUCAAACAUAUCAUUGAUGUGAAGAAUAAGAGAAUUAUUGUUCUUGAAGGUCAGCUCAAAACAUUGGAUCAAAAGUAUGUCAAAGAUGUAUCAGAAAAGGAAGCCAAUUUGGCUGCAGUAGUAAGAGAACUUGAAAAGAAGUCAGACACUGUAGCAUAUCUUACUUCCCAACUACACAAUAGUAAAAUAAAGCAGUCUGGAAGACAUCAUCAGAGUAAGCCUUCAAGUGGUAAAAGAAUCGCAGAAGCCUCUCUUGAAUCACAUGAAGCACAACUGGAAAGCACAACUGCUGGUGCAAAUGUCUCAUCAAACACAAAUAUGUCAGAUGCUGUGUCUUCCAGAACACCUGUGCCACCAAGAGAGGGAACUCCUUCGAAUGUACAGCGACGUUAUCGACGAUCAACAACAUCUCCAGUCCCCCAGUCACUAGGUACCAAGAUGAAGACUUCUAGAGCUGUGGGAAUCCAAGCUUCACCCAAUGAGAUUCAACUGAAUGUAGCACCAGUUAAGUCUAGCAAAGGCAUGCCCUCACGUCCAAAGCGAGCUUCAUCUCCUUCAAGACCAGGGCUAGGAAUUUCUAAAGGGCACCAACGAUCUGCUGGAAGGGAAAGACCAUUACCCGAUGAUUACGUCGAAUUCCUGAGAACUGGGAACAGGGCAGAGCCACAGGUUGUUGUAAGAGCUGCGCCGGAACCUUUACCUCCAAUAUCUACAAAUGAGAGACUUGUUACAUCACCAAAAUCUCCAUACAGUGGAAGAGUACAAGUGAGUAGUCGGCAUUCCUCUCAGGGGGUACCUACAACCAUUUACACGGUAGGCCCUGAAGGAGAUGGCCCCCCAGCACUAGAUGAUGUUGGAAAAAUUAUUGUUUCACCGCUAAGUUCACCCGAGAAGGGAUGGCGACACAGGCAGCAAUCGCAACAACAAAAUGGACCUGACUAAAUACAAUAAAAUAAAUGUGUUCAUGGUGCUUUUACCAAAGUGUGUUAAAAAAGCAGAAUUUUAUGCCAACAAAUAGAUCAUGUACAUUCUUUACCUGUAAAUAGUGUGUAUAGCUUUUAAUCCUAAUAAUCUUAUCUGUUUUUUAUGAAGUAGUUCUCCAGAUUUGAUCAAGUGUAACAUAAUGUACAGUAAUAUAUGAUGUUAAAUCAAAGUUUGACAAUUUCAUCUGGUAGUAGGGCAGACUGACUGUAAAUGUUUUUCGAACUCCAUGCUAAUACAGUUGUUGCUCUGUUAUGUGUGAAAGAUAGCAAAAAAACUGUUUAUGAUGGUACUUUAGGCUGAAAAGAGUGUCUAAAAUGAAAAGCUAUGUUCAAAUAUACUAUUGUUAAGUGUUUGUACAAGAAUGAAGUCAAGUAAGUUAUUGUGAAAAAAAAUGUUGUGUACAUAAAAACUGCUCAGUUACUUGCAGCAUAAAUAUUAUAGUGGUAUAGAAUACAAUCAAUUUUUGUUUUAAAUUCUGUGGUAAGUUUGUGAUCAACUCUGACAAAAGAAUCAUGAGUGUUUUUGACACCCAGUCCUUCUUGAAGUUGUAUUAAAAAAAAUUGAAGUUAUCCUG